CUCAGGAGGAGGCGGCAGCCCGGCUCCCCGAAGGCCCAGCCGGACGCCAGACUGUCAUACACGAUGAAGGGAGCGGUGAAAAGGCUCCAUGCUUUCACAUCUGGGCACGUGUUUUCCUUUGUCGUGAUGGAAUUUGGUUCUUCAAGUGAAAAGGAAUGACUAACGCGUCCAGUACCAACGUAAGGACUGAAUAAGAGCGUAACUAAAAGACUGUCAAAGGAAAAUCAAACGGCAACAUCUUGGUAAAGAGUACGGAAAACCAGCAGACUCUUUCCUUGACUUUCCUCCAAAGAUCAAUGGCUUUACACUGAACAUGUGUCAUAAAGAGAGGUCAACACAUAAGCCAAGAUGAACCCUUAUGUCACUUCACACUUCAGGAGGGAUCUCUUUCCCCAUUUCCAUUUGUUGUAGACUUUUGUCCUCCCUGCUGUAACUGGUUGAAGAAAAUGGCUUCUUUAUUUGUACCGUUAUAGCAGUGGAUUGUACUCACCACAGUGCAGGGUUAUGUGUAUAGUCUACUUUUCCAACGAGUAUGUGAAACUCUGUGUUCUUGUCAGGAAUACGUAGAAGAGUUCUCCUGAAAUGGUUGGGCACGGUAAAUACUAAAUAUACAAGCAUAGCUUUUGAUUUUCAGACACAUUUUCAAAUCAGUUUUCAAGAAUUAGGACUUUAUAUUAAGGAAUUUUCUAUGCUCAUCCAUGUUUUUGACAAUGACAAUCUUCUAUUUUGUUUAUUGAAAUCCUCUCAUGUUCAGGUUGCCUUUUUUUACCUAGUUCAAACACCGAUGAUGAGUACAAACUACAAACCAAAAGCCCACUUACGCUCUCAGCCCCUUUAGUUCGCAGCACUUCUCCUUCUGUGGCACACACCUGAUCUAUCCACUUUGGUGCCCCGCCUCGAUCAUAGAACACUUCCUCAGGUGACCUGUAUUCUUACCUUUACCUUUAAUAUGACUUGAAGCUUAAAACUUAAGUAGUGUUGGAGAUUGGUCGAAGUAAACUCUCUCUUUUCUUCUCAUCCUAUCUUUUGUCAGGUAAAUGCGAUUUCUUAGCCGUAAUGCUGAGCUGUAAUGAGGUAUGUCUGCUCUGAAAGACUAAGUGUAGCAGGUGAUAACAGCACUGUAGUUCAGGUCAAUAUUAUUCAGUCAGUAAAACAUCCCGCAAAAAAACUGACAAUGGCCUUCAUACAGAUGUAUAGACCAUUGGAAAGAAAAUGUGAAAUUGUAAAAGCAGUGACAUGAUCAAACAGGAAGUAACAAACCAGACAUGCCUCUUCAAGUUGGGAUGCUCUUGUUGGCCAAAGCUGACAUUUCCUUGACAACUGAAAUGUAACACUUAUUGUUUGUAGUAUCCUCAAUGCUUUAUCAAAUAUAUAUUUGCACUGACUAGUCAUUGAUGAUAGUAGGCGUUUGAGUGUACUGAAAGAACUGUACUCUUUGUUUCCUUAUGCCCAUACCAAGGGGUUGUGAAACUGGAGAAAACUCAUUGUAAGAAUUGGCAUGUUUUUUCUUUCUUUUCUGACUGCAUGUUGAACAUGUUUUUAUCAUAUCAUCCCAUUUUAAGUUAAUUUCUUGCAUUGAUCUGUCUUGUAUGCAUCUUGUCACAGUAAGAACCCUGUAUCAAGCUGUAUAUCCUUUACAUGUCAUCCUUCAACCUGCUACCCGAUUGCAUUAUCAGUUUAAAGCUUUUGUUACCUUAUACCUGCUUGAGGCUUGUUUUGAACUGAACCAAUCCUGCAUGCUUUCGUGAUCAAUCAAGCCACACCACUCCUAGACAUUAUUGUAAACUGUGGGUCACAGUGAUAAGACUCCUCGGACUGCUGCUGACAUUCUUCUUUUCAGCUCGCUCAGGGAGUAUGAUUUAAGGAUAUUUGUUGUUUAUUGAUGCACCCAUGAACCCUACUUCAAGAAAGCCCACACUGUUUGCUGUGGAAUCUAUUACUGAAAAGAUAGAAUCUACUGGGAGAUACUUACACUUUGGGGAACGUAAGUGACUGAUCAAUGGUCUUGGAGGGCAUUAUCCUCUGGUUACCAUUUGCCUCUUUGGACUUGCAGUUGUCUCUUCAUUAAGGACUGAGAGACGGACUGCAUUGUUAGCACUACACACUGAACUGAUAGUAUCAAGGAGCUUACUUGCACAUCAACAAUCAAAUCAAGGCAACACUGAGGAAUACAGUUACUGUUCACCAUACGAGGGAGGACACUUUAUUAUACAUGAUGGGAGCAGCACGUGUGAAGCGGCGCUUCAGUGCUGUGGUUGAUGGGCCAGUGGAGGAGGAGGAGGUCAUGAGGCUGGCACAGAGUGCUGCCGAUACGGCUGGGGCAGGGGGGAGUCCAACAGGGUCAGCGACCCCAACCAGCCUCUCCCCAACCCAUGCCCUAAACGGCAUACCUCUACCACUCAAGAGCAACACCAACAAUGUACGGAGGCAGAGUGCCAUUGGAGUCGGGGGAGAUGCAGGAGAAGGCGGGGUGAGAGCAGGAGGAAUGUGCUCGGCACUAAGGAGUGCAAGAGGCAGUAGUGUAGGGGGAAGAGGAAAGGUCCGUUCAUCCUCGGACCAGGAAUCGUUCUCUUCCCCCUCCACUACCAAUCGCCGGCGAACUAGGCGCUCCAGCCGCAGGCCCCGACAACGCUUUGUGGGCAAGGACGGACGCUGCAACGUCACCUUCGUCAACAUGAGCGAGAGGGGCCAGCGCUACCUCAGCGACCUCUUCACAACCUGUGUGGACAUCCGCUGGCGCUGGAUGCUUGUCAUCUUCACCCUCUCCUUCCUUCUCUCCUGGCUACUCUUUGGAUUUGUCUUCUGGCUCAUUGCCUCCAUGCAUGGGGACUUCUCCAUUCGACUAACCCCCAGCUCAGGUUCCUCUCCAGGAUCAGGAGAGGCCGGGUCCGGAGGAGAGUCUGAUAGAGAGGCAGUGGUGGAGGAGAAAUGCUUCCUCCAGGUGAACAGCUUCAUGGCAGCCUUUCUAUUCUCCUUGGAGACGCAGACAUCCAUUGGUUACGGCUUCAGAAGUGUGACCGAAGAAUGUCCCCUGGCGGUGAUUGCGGUCAUUUUGCAGUGCAUUGUGGGCUGCAUUAUCGACGCCUUCAUCAUCGGGGCAGUUAUGGCAAAGAUUGCUAAGCCCAAGAAGCGCAACGAGACACUGGUGUUCUCUGAAACAGCUGUGGUGGCGAUGAGGGAUGGGAAACUCUGUAUGAUGUGGAGGGUCGGAAACCUACGCAAGAGCCACCUGGUAGAAGCACAUGUUCGAGCACAACUACUGAAGCCACGGGUGACAGAAGAGGGAGAGUUCCUCCCGCUGGACAAUAUGGACAUCAACGUGGGUUUUGAUAACGGCACAGACCGCAUCUUCUUGGUCUCGCCAGUGACAAUAGUCCAUGAGAUUGAUGACGAGUCACCCUUCUUUGAGAUCGACCGAAAGACUCUGGAGAAUGAUUCUGAAUUGGAGGUGGUGGUCAUACUCGAGGGCAUGGUGGAGGCCACAGCCAUGACCACACAGUGCCGUAGCUCAUAUCUGGCUUCUGAAAUUACCUGGGGACACCGAUUCGAACCAGUGCUCUUCGAGAGAAAAGACUGCUACCAGGUGGACUACUCGUUCUUUCAUCGGACAUAUGAGAUCCCGGACACCCCUUCAUGCAGCGCUAAAGAGUUGGUCAAGCAGAAGUGCAUUCACGGCUCACGCUCGUCAUUCUGCUAUGAGAACGAAGUGGCUCUGGAGCUAAUCUCCUCCGAUAAAGAGCCUGGCAAAGACCCCGAGUGUCCAUCCUCUCCGACCAGAAGGCAAUCCCUGGCAGAACAUCUCCACUACAACUGAACCUGUAGGACAGGAGGCCUUAAAAGAAUAGAGGAGGAAGUUGACCCAGUGGCUUAAAAGACAGGCACAUAGAGAGAGGGUAAGACGGGUAUAGGAAUGGGCAAACCAAGAGAGACAGGAUUAAAAGGAAAAUAAAUCAUACGAAGUGGCAUUGUUUACUGCAAUUGGAGAGGCAAGGAAAGUCUAGAGCAGGAACAAGUCAAGUGAUCGCAUAGACAUUUUAAAAUGAUCAAGAUUGAGAUGAGUGCUACUAUACAGAUUAGAUACCUCAGAGACAUAUUAAGGAAAUGGACAGAUAGAGAGACAGUGGGAGGUUUUGAGUCACUCUUUUGGAGAGCAGGGUUACUACACUGGUUUAGUUGUCUAAUUGGUCCUGGCAAUCUUUCACGAUCAUUGAAAACGUGUCUGCCAAGACUAACAUCUGGCCCAUCACACCACAACACGCCCACCUGACUCUACUGCCUGUGUGGCACAAUAUACAAGAGCACCCCACGGUGGCUCUACCAUGUAACUGCACCUCCAGUUUUGGGAUCUGCUGGCAUUGCUGACCUCUGUUUUAGGUCCUUCUGUAUGAAAUGAAUGGAAGUGUACCUUCUGAGGUAGAACUCAGGAAUGUAACCCACUAUGAUGCUGAUUUAUCAUUUAUACUGUUAUAUUUUCAUAUGGUAAGUAUGGAUAGUGUAUAUUUUGUGAUACUUUGAGCUUGGGGGAGCUGUUGAGAAUAUAGUUGAGUGAAGGCUACUUGUAGAGCCAAAGCAGAGCAACAGCAUGGACAUGGAGAAACAGCUGAAAAGUAGCAGCAAUUUUGAGCAGUUUCUUUUCCAUGUCAUGUUCUUAUUUUUGGCUUUUUCUCCUAUUUGUAAUGCAAAAAAAAUGUCAACGAUUGUAACAUUUGCUUCAUUUAAUCCAACACUUGUGUUGAGUUGAAUGCCAUGUGGUCAGAGGAAUCAUUGUAGCUUUAGUCAUUUUCAAACAAUGAAAGAUGAUGUUGUCCAGUUUAGUUAAUUAAUAUAGAUUGUUGACGUAAUGAUGGGGAUCGUGGCUUGUCGUUCUUCGUCUUUGAGAAGUAGAGCCUCUUUCUAACAUCUGGACAAGUGGAUGUGGAUUGAACUGGAAAAUACACCAGAUUAAUAUAAAAGUAUUCAGUAUUUUUGUGCCCACUACAUUAAAUGACCCCCUACUCUAAUUCUUGGUUUCUCUAACAAAUUGUGAGAACAGUAUAGUGAGCGGUGCCUUCUUAACAAACCAGAGAUUUUGCAACUGGCCCUUCAUCUGCAGUAGUUGAUGUUAUGUUAAUAUGAAAUGUGCUUAAAGCUUAUGUGUGUAUUUGCAUAAUGCUUCUAAUGCAUGAAUGUUUUUUCAAUCACUUUGCAGGAUGUUGUUCUGAGUAGACAAAAAUGCCUAUUCUCUGCUCAGUGAUAGAGAAGUCUCAUUAUGAACAUAAACUGAGAACAUAAAGGGACUUUCAGAUGUAUUGUAUUGGAGACUAUGAUGUAUUUAUUUGUUUGCACUUUGUAGUUAUAUUGCAAAACACUUGGAAUGCUCUUGUUUAUUUUAGAUCUUGUAACCACCAGAGUUUUGAAGUAUUUGAUUACAGAAUGUGUUGGUUAAGGUAACUCAGUGUCAGGAGGAAUAAACAUGAUAUUACAUGUUGACCAAUAAUCAGCCUGUCCAACGCACAUCCUGGGAACUUGUUCUUUGCACAAAAGUAGUGGGCUAUAUGGAGACUUGUAUCACUAAUUAAACAUCACAGUAGUGUUGCUGGAUCAGCACGUCAACCUCAAUGCAUCAGUCGCAAUGUUUCACUAUUAUUAUUGAAAGAUUCUUACCUCAGGGGGGUUUGAGGUGUUUAUAACAUAUUAACUUUUAUGAAUAGUGUUAAUGCUGUUUUAGGUUUGUGUCCUCUCUUACACUUCUCCUUCAUGGCUCCAUGUACUAUUUAUAGGAAGCAUGGUGGGUCAUGUCUCUCACCCUGCCUCCACUUGUAACUUGAACUUUCUGCACCAUCACUUUACGAUAGCGCUGUUCAAAACCCCAAUAACACAUAGGUUAUUCGGGUUAUUUCACUGGUUGAUUAGGAUUCAACUCUCACACUUUUUAUAUCAUAAGUAUGUAUAAUAUACACAGUGUAAAAGACAUGAUAUACAUUUUUAAUAAAUGAAUAAGAUGAAACAAAUAUAGGCUGUAGCUAGCUAUACUAGGUCAAUUUUAUAAAGAUAAAAGGAAACCUUUCUGCAUCACCACUGAAAUGUAAUUUCAAAACUGCCUCAGACAUG